AUGUAUUUCACGGGAGGUCAGAAACUAGGGACUGAGUCCUGGCCUCGACAGCCUGUUGGUGGGCCACCGCCGCCGACCUCACCUGGAUACGGAAUCUACAGGAUAAAUCAAGGGAGUCCAGCCAGUGCGCCGCUAGCGCAACAUUGGCAACAGCAGUUGUUGAAAUGCGAGAUCAUAAGGCAAUCUCGCUCUCCGCAUCAUCGAGCACGAGCCAGUGCAAUGGCGUCGCGGACAGUCGCGAAAUCAGCUAUCCCUAUCACCAAUCCGAACCCGAACCCGAAACCACCACCAGAAGAGCCAUUACUAUCGGACUCCCCACCACUGGCCAAUGGGAACGCUAGCCACCCGUCGUCGACGGUUGCACCUAUCGCUGAACCACCCAGACCGCGGUCAGAGGCAACGUGGACGUCAUUAGACAUGGGCGGAGUAGGUAUCAAGAAUCUUCCAUCAAAUUCUGGCUUAUUUUCCUUCAAUUUCCUCACAAAUCUCUACCUCAAUCACAACGGUCUGAUCGCAAUCCCUCCAGAGAUUGCUCAGCUGCGAAAUCUGGAGCUGCUGGAUUUAUCUGGGAAUGCAUUGACAACGUUGCCUCCAGAAUUGGGCAUGCUGGUGUCCAUGAAAGAGUUUUAUCUGUUUGAUAAUCAGAUAAUGACAAUUCCCCCAGAGUUUGGAACUUUGCACCAGUUACAGACUCUCGGUGUCGAAGGCAAUCCUUUGGACACCAACCUCAAAAACCUCAUCACCAAGGACGGUACUCCCGCCUUGAUAGCCUUUCUGCGGGAUUCGUGUCCGGUUUCGGCGCCACCCCAGAAUCGAGCGUGGAUACCGCUCAUUACACCAGUUGAACAAGAAGCCCUACCACCAUCGACAGAGACCAUCUCCGUCGUAUGCUACAAUAUCCUCUGCCAGCGCGCUGCCACCGUGCGUCUGUACGGAUAUACUCCCUCCUGGGCGCUGGCCUGGGAUUACCGUCGGGAACUCAUUCUCUCCGAAAUUCUCGCUCAUGGAGCUGAUUUCAUUUGUCUCCAAGAAGUCGACGUGACUUCCUACGAAGACUUUUUCCUCAAACACCUCUCCGAAGCCGGUUACGAAUCCGUCUAUUGGCCGAAAUCCCGUGCCAAGACGAUGUCUAACGAGAACGAGCGGCGGUUCGUCGAUGGAUUGGCGACGUUCUUUCGUGCAGACAAGUACCAACUUAUCGAGAAACACCUUAUCGAGUUUAGUGCGGUUGCGAUGCAGAGAGAAGAUUUUAAGAAGACGGAAGAUAUGUUCAAUAGGGUGUUGGGGAAAGACCAUAUUGCGACUGCGUGUGCAUUUGAGAAUAGGGAUACGGGCUCGAGGGUGCUGGUUGCGAAUGUGCAUAUAUUGUGGGAUCCCAAGUUCUGUGAUGUGAAGCUAGUACAUGUCGCGUUGAUGGUUGAGGAGGUGGAGAAAAUGGCGGAGAGAUUCGUGAAGUUGCCACCGAGGUUGUGGCCUGAGCCGGAGACGGCAAAUGGGAACGUUGAUAGUGUCGAUGGCAUUGCCGAUUCCUCGUUUUCAUCAUCAUCAGAGCUGUCCUCUCCUUUUCCUACCACUUCAUCCUUACCCUCAUCAUCCUUACCACCUUCGUCGUCGUCAUCAUCACCUCCCGACUCUCCCUCCUCAAAGCCUUCUACACGUCGUCAACGUCCCAAACCACCGACAUAUACAUCUGCCUCGCAAAUCCCUCUCAUUUUCUGUGGCGAUUUUAAUUCCAUUCCAGGCUCCGGUGUGUACGAGUUUUUGUCAACGGGUACGCUAAGAAAGGACCAUCCGGAUUUCAUGGGGCAUGUGUACGGGAAGUAUACCGGGGGUGCAGGUUCAGGCCCCGGCUCAGCAGGAGGGAACGCGGAUGGCUUGAAAAGCUGGUUAGGGCUGAAAAGUGCAUAUGCGGCGCCGGCACAUGGUGUUCAUGGUGCACAUUCUAGAGCGCCGCAAUCGCUGCACCAACAGCAGCAACAACCACUGCCGGUUUCGGGAACGAGGACACCGGGCUCUACUCCUGCGCCUGGCGCAUCGAAUAAUCUGUUGUCGAUUCCUGCUUCCACUUCCCUCACCCAUACCUCCUCUUCUCUUUUAAGAUCUUCCACCUCCUCUCCUUCACCUGAACUCCUUCCAACGACCAACUACGUGUCCUCGUUCAGCGGUGUUCUCGACUAUAUCUGGUACUCUGGUUCCAGCCUCGGAGUGAACGCCGUCCUGGGUCAAGUCGAUCCGGUGUACAUGAGUAAAUGUGUGGGAUUUCCGAAUGUUCAUUUUCCCUCAGAUCAUAUAUGCAUCAUGGCCGAGUUCCGGGUCAAGCCUCCAAGGGAAACGACGUCGUCGUCAAAAGACGAGCAUGGACAUUUACCAUUCUCGUGA